AUGUUGAGCUCCUCUGCUCACUUCCCUUCCUCCUUCCUCGACUCCUCCAACACGUCUUCUACUGCUGCUACCACCACCACCUCUUCCUCCACCCAUACCACCCCCGCUACGACUCCCUCGUCCGGUCGCCUCUCCUUCCUCGGCCCCACCAAGCGAGCCCCCUCGGACCCCUUUGUCAUGAGUAUCGUCGCCAACCAACAACAACAGCAACAACAACAACAACAACAACAGCAGCAGCAGCAGCAGCCUCAACACUCCCCCUCUGCUCUAGCACCACAGCUCACCCCACCCACCCCGCAGAGCUCCUUUACCCCUCCAACCACGCGGCCCCGGCAGCUCCUCCACAAUGUCAUCAACACCCCUCCCCCUCAAGCAUCCCUUUCCCAGACCCAGCUCCAUCCUCAAUCCGUCCGACCACCUUCUCCUGCACAAUUCCAACAGGCUGCCUCGCCACCGCCGCCACCCCCACCUCCUCCCAUCACAACAACCAACCUCAACAAGGCCAUGCCACCCAUCCCCGCCCAAGGUUCAUCACACUACCCUCCUAUCCCAAAAGACCUCUCAACCUCCUCAGCAGGUGUUGCCUCCUCCUCAUCCGUGAACGUCACGUCGGCAGGCGUAUCCUCAGCCUCUGCCUCCGUCUCUGCCUCUUCUUCUGUGCCUAAGCAUCAAAUCUACGGCAUGACAUUUGUUGGGCUGACAAACCCUACCCUCAAACAGUUGGACCCCAACAUCUCGUACUUUCAGCGCAGGAUAUUACUUCGGGAGAUCAAGGACUCAGUCGAAGGCACAAGGACGGCUGCCUCGGUGUCAUCAAUAGGUGCAGAGAACAUGAACACGCCCUCGCCCGGUUCAGGAUCACCUAUCCUUCUUCGUCUCGGAUCAGGGUCGCGACCGAUGGUCAUGUCACCAGGAGGUUCUGUCCACUCACCCUACGUCAAUGCGUACCACGUCAACAACAGCAGCGGAAGCGUCGUCCCUCUGUCCUCUGAGCUCAGCACUGUCCGCACGUCAUUCGAUCAGGACCCUCAGCAGCCACUCUCAGCAAAAAUACUCCGGUCUCCUACAGAUGAAUCCACGGGAUCGGCUUCAGCAACUCCCCUGGCACUUCAACCCGCCUCCAGCCUGCCACGACUAUCAUUGGACGCCAUAGAACCCCUCGAGGAAAUAACCACGUAUGAGUUCACGCAGCCUCAAACCCGGCCAAGUAAUUCCCCGCGGCCCAUGAGCGACCCAGAUCUGAGGCUACUUCCAGGUCGGUUACCAGCGCACGUCACUAUCGAAACCACGGAAUUCAACCACAAGACCCCCAACAUCGCACCACGUCAAUCAUCCAUCGCCUAUUCUGCCAUCAAUUACCGACCCAACCUGAAUGUACCGCCUCAGAUUGUACCCAGAGGAAGCUCCAGGGACUACUCAUCAGCACAUGGCUUAAACGUACCCCAGUCCAGCAGGGGUAUGUCUCCCAUCUCCCCUCCUUCGCCCGACGGAGGAAUCCACCCUUACUCCCAGCGCCACCAGGAACCAGUGUAUGGCGCCAAGGACGCACCAGGGAGCUCCAAAAAUGGUCCCUCUCUCAUCGAGCGACGAAACAACCCCGUUCCACAUAUUCAAACUCAUCUCGAUCCUCAAGGCAGCGCGCAUUAUCAGAACGGGCAGCGGCCAUCCUACGACAAUAGAACUGAUCCUUCAAAAUCAGGAGGAGGACCAUAUUUAGAUGCGCAAGUCGUCGGCGGAACUCUUGGCUUUGGUCGCAGAUCCAGCCACAAGCGGAACCACAGCAGUGCCGAUGUCAUCCAGUACCCUCCACUCACAUCUGCGCCCCAGCCCGUGUCCUUGCCCGUGGCACCACCCAGAACCAAGAGCAUUCAAGUCACUCUGGACAACGAAAACUUCAAGUAUGUCGACAUUACAGGCAUUGAUAAUGCUGUCGUACUCAAGGAAAAGAUCUUUUCUCGGAUGAGAAUUCUUGCGGAGAAGAACAAGUACGGCAUCUUUGAGACUACGGAGCUCGGAAGUCCCCUAUUGGACGACCCAUCCACGAGAGGUCCGCCCUUGAACGAGAGGCAGCUUAUGGAUCUAGUGCUAGACGCUGACAACAAAGGAUCCGUCAAGUUUUUGGUCACGCCCAUCAUGCCUCUUAUCCUCCCACCCGAUAUCGAUAUUUUGAACCCAAAGCGAGGUGCUAUCGCUGCAACCCCGUCUCAGUCCUACAACCACAUUCACAAUCACGACCGAAACUCGCCCUUCCAAGGAGCAUCAGCCAUCGGCGUGCCUCAGCAGGACAUGGCAGGAUAUCACCAGCGCGAACGGACGACAGACUCGAAUCAUCACAUCUUUCAGCCAGACCCUUACCUGGCCUUUAUGCAACCUGUAGAUGAUCUUUGGAAUUCGGUUCAUCCUCACCAGCCCUUCCCAGACUCAAAGCACCCCCACAAUACCGGUCGUCACCCAGGGCAGGGCACAAGCAAUCAGGCAAACACAUCGCCUUACGGAUCUUAUCAGCCUCAGAUGUAUCGAUAUGUUGACAACCCCGCCCAUCCACACUUCCAGGCAGAUGACACCCGACGGCCUUCAAUCGGUACCAACAGCGCUCGGACUUCGCCACGAGUUGGCCCCGUUAUCAACACAAACUUGGCUAGGAUGCAAAAAUCAGGAAGCAACUCGCCCGGCAUCGAGGGAUCGCCUCUCAGUGGCAAGCGCACGUUACCCAGGAACCCCAACCUUUCGCUGGUUAUUGGCAGUAACACGGACCAGGACGGGAAGCUAGUCAACCAUUAUGCCAGGACAGCUGAUCGCUCAGCCUCUCCUGGCGGAUCAAUGGGCUACCCGCAGCAAAACCGCAUGGGAACGGGUUACGACAGUGGCAGCCCUAAUGCCGCCAGUUAUUACAAUAUGACCCGGGCCAACCAUCCUGGAUUUGGAGACGCUCCUAUGGUAGGCCAUGCCAACUAUGUCAACUUUGUCAACAGCAGUGGUUUACCCGCGUCGCCUUUAAGCGCUGGUGGCAAGCGGAGCUCGUACCAGCCUGCGACAAAGUACACGUCAUCCCACUCCAACCUCAACUCCCCUCGUUCGAUCGACGGAGGACCCACGCCCGAGCUGCAUAUCAUGAACAACCAGGAGGAAGACGACGAGUCGGAAAACUUUUGGGGAGAGCGUCCUCCUCUGGACUUUUUGCUCGAGAACUUUGGACGGUUCUUCCAGGACCACGACUUGGAUCACCCGAUUAUUGAGCUGCACCCACCAACGCCAUUUAACGGAUCGCCCAUGGUACCGGCUCAAACUAUUCUCGGAUCCUCGGGCUCUAACCAUGGCUCGUCGAGUGCGCUCAAGAGUCACGGAGUCAGCCCGGCUAUGACGGACGGAUGGGGUUCGAACUCAACCAUGUCGUCAAGCCAGGGUUCAGUCUCGCCCCACUCUAGCUUUGCUCCUGGCUACCGCGGUAGCAUUGUGCACAAAAAGUCCAUCCGUAUUGUCGCUCAGGAGGCCAAGGACCGAUUCUCGCGGCAGUACUCUGGAUCCAAGGUGAUGCGACGAAAGUCGACCAAGAUGUGGGGCAGUCGUUUGGCCGAGGUGAUGCCCACCAACUCGAUAACGCCCUCUGUCGGUCUGGGUAUGCAUGAGUUUGAUGAGGAGCUCUCGCCCAUUGCUGGGUCCCCAGCGGUCGUCACUCGAGCUUCGAUCGCAGAGUUUGUCAAGGAGGCCGCCCAAGAACACCACAUCUUGCCGGCGGAGCUUCCUGUCACCGAGGAACACGACUUUUUGGAAUCCCAGGAGAGUUUGCCGACGUUGGGUGGCUCCACUUCUCUGAUGGACGUUUCUGUACAGCAGCAGCAGCAACAACAGCAGCAACGGGUUGUCCAGGUCGAGUCAGGCAAGGUCAUGGAUCAAUCCCGCCAGGGCAUUUACCAACACCCACAGAGUGGAACCAUCAAGACCUUCCAGUAUCUCAAGGGAGGACUCAUUGGACGAGGGUCGUUUGGAAAAGUGUAUCACGCCUUCAACCUGGACACCUGUGAGAUGAUCGCCAUCAAACAAGUCGACCUGCCGCAGACUCUCUCGGAACGCAACUGUGAUCGACUCAAGACAUCUGUCGAAGCACUGUUUUCAGAGAUGGAGGUUCUCAAGGAUCUGGAUCAUGAGAACAUUGUCCAGUACCUUGGUUUUGCACAGAACGAGGAAACGGCCAACAUCUUUUUGGAGUAUGUCUCAGGAGGCUCGAUUGAGUCGUGUCUCAAGCGAAGUGGACCCUUCCCAGAAGCAGUUAUCCGGAGCUUUACUCGACAGAUUUUGCUCGGUCUUGAGUACAUUCACAGCAAGAAAAUCGUCCACCGAGAUAUCAAAGCGGCUAAUGUGCUGGUGGACGAGCAAGGAAUCUGUAAGAUUUCAGAUUUCGGUAUUUCGAAAAAGAAUGCCCAGAGUCAAGGCGGAUACGACGAGGAUGUCGGAUCAUUGCAAGGAUCCGUCUUCUGGAUGGCUCCUGAGAUGGUGACUUCAAAGGCGUAUGGUGCCAAGGUGGAUAUUUGGAGUUUUGGAUGUCUGGUCCUGGAGAUGUUUACCGGACAGCAGCCGUGGAAGGGCUUUGCACCUCAACAAGCCCUCUUCACUAUCGGAAGCAGCAGUGCUCAUCCACCGAUCCCAGAGUCGAUUUCUGAAGAAGGUCAACGGUUCCUGGGACUGUGUUUCAUUACCGAUGCCAACCAACGACCCACCGCUGCAGAACUCCUCCAGGACGCCUUUGCAGUACCUCCAGUCAACUUUAACUUCAACGACUAUAUCGAAGGAAAGAUUACUGAUUAA